GACAUCCGUCUAGUACCCUGGACAGCGCCUGUCGGUUCAGCCCGGGCGUACCUCUUCUUGGCCCUUGGUCUGUGGGUCUCGCCCGCCACUCGCCCACAGGUCGGCCGGCAGUCCCAGUCCGCAAGGCUGUCCGUUGCCCCGCCAGCCGGCUGGGGGAGGGCAGCCCCGAGCAGAUGGGCGGGGGACGCCCAGUCAGUUUGGCACAGCAACGGCCACGCAGCGCGGAGGCGGGCCUGGCGGACCCCCGGGGCCGAGGCGGAAAGCGGGCAGGGGGCACCCAGGACCGCCCCGCCCCGCUCGUCACGUGAACUCCGACCGUCCCGCGGGUAGGAACCCGCCGCUGGAGCCAAUUGAAAUGAAAACGAGCCCAGGGCUCCUGGAUUGCCUCGUCUUCUCCGGGCCUCAGUUUACCCAUCCAAAUCCGAGCACGGGAGAACCCAAUGAUCCCUAACUUGGUGAGCCGCUGGAAGAUUCUGUGAGGUCGUUAGAGCGAGGGCAGGCCUCCAGCGACCGGCCAGUUCCCAGAGGCUAGCUGACACUUUACUCUGGGCCUCGGUUUCCCCUUCCAGCUCAGCCCUUCAGUCGGCAGAGCUACUCGUGGGGGAGUCCCUCCCCUUGUUUCGAAACCUACGUGGGAACUCCUGCCGCCGCUAGGUCCCCCGCCCCGGCCUGGGGCGGGGCUCACAGGAGGUGCUGGGCGCGAAUGAAGGAGCAAACUCAGGACCGCGAAGGUUCCGAUGGCGCCCACAUACCCGCUGCAGGUGCUCGGGUGCGCCCCCCGCCGGCGACCGCGCCGCAGAUGGGUUGCGAAGGCCGCACGAGGGCAGCAUCUUGGGGGGCUCUGCAGUCACCCGCUCGCCCCUACCCUGCGAAGGAACAAAGACGGGAGGUGGGACCCCGGGCCGCCAGACUCCUUGGGGCGGGGCGGGCGACACCGCCUCCUUAAAGCCUGGCGGCGGGCUCGGGGCGCCACCCUCCCGGGACUGCCCCCGCUGCGCGCCACUCUUUUCCUCCCGGCUCGGUCUGCGCGCCGCUUCUCCGCAGAGCAUGGGGCUGCCUCGGAGGGCGGGGGACCCGGCGGAGCUGCGCAAGAGCCUGAAGCCGCUGCUGGAGAAGCGAAUCAACGCGAGCCUGAGGCAACUCAAGGGGCUCAUCCUGCCGCUGCUGGGCAGGGAGAGCUCCCACUGCUCGAAGCUGGAGAAGGCGGACAUCCUGGAAAUGACCGUGCGCUUCCUGCAGGAGCUGCCCGCGUCCUCCGGCCCGGCGGCAGCGCCCGCGCCCUCCGACGGCUACGGUGAGGGCUAUCGCGCCUGCCUGGCGCGUCUGGCCCGUGUGCUGCCCGCCUGCCGCGUCCUGGAGCCCGCCGUGAGCGCUCGCCUGCUGGAGCACCUGCGGCGGAGGGCGGCCGGCACCACCCCCGACGCGGGGCGCGCUGGGGACUGCUGCGGCCCUCCCGCGCCUUCCCCGCCGGCCGCGCCCGCGCCCCCUGAACCUCCCCGCGGCCUCUGGAGGCCCUGGUAGCCCCCUAGCCAGUCCACGGACCCUGCUGGCUGCAAGAGACCUGGGGCGCUGGGCAGACAGAGGAAACCCGUGGUGCCAGCUGCUGUUCCCGUCACGAGGUAGCAGCCCAGCAUCCACAGGCCGGAACCUGGAUGUUUGUGAUCUGUGUGGCGACUGAAGGCCAUGCGGGCUCAGCUUAAGGCAAUCAGUGGAGCAGCCCAGCCUCACCCCAACUUGGGUGCGUCUAGGUGGAGGCGAAGGGGGCAGGUGGCUGCAGAGAGAGGAAGGAGCCCCCCACUGCAGCGACUGGAGGUGGGCCCUGGUACCAGGCCAGCCAUGCUUGGGCAGCUGGCACCAGCCCAAAGACUGGGCCAGGAGCUCACGUCUAUUCUGACUGGUCACUGCCCUCCCAGUUGGGCCUGGCUCCUUAACAGCUCAGCUUUGGAACCUCUGGACACACAAUAGCAAUGGCCUGAGGGGCUCUACGGGCCGGGCAGCCAUCACCUCUGCUCCUGGGCUCUCCUGUCCCAUGCUUUCAGUUAUAGGGACCGGGUGCAGCCAAGGCUCUGUGUUGCUGGGGUUGGGGGCAUUGUAACAGAGCCUUGGACUUACUUCCCCAGCGUUGUUACCUCUAGGGGGUCUUGGGGUGUGAGGAAGGGGUGGGAUAAGGAGGGUGCCCUGUGGCCUCAAGGAAGUUUGUCGCUUGGAGGGCCUGGGCCCAGCAGAGUCCAUGCCAAUGUGAGAUGAGCAGGGCCUGUGUGUCACCCAGAGCGGCAGAAAUUCAGGGGAUAAGAACAAAUAAAGGAGCGGGGAAACACCUUUCCUCAUUUUCUCUUGCAAACUGCUCCCUGCUACUCCUUAGGACAAGUUACUGGAAGCAACUUGUUCUUUGGGCUUCUUUUCCCUCUGCAUGGAAGCAAGGGGAGCCUGAGAAGACCCAGGGAGGGGACUGCGGUCCCCAGUCCUGCGUGCCCAGGAGGUGGGGGGGCAGCUGCAGCCUGCUGGGCAUGUUCCUGUUUUACGAGGAUUCACUGAGCAUUCGAGGGAGGUUGGCAGUCCUUCCGGCCAUCCCCAGUCCAACAUCCCGAGCAAGGGACCAGGGCACUAGGGACAAGAGGAGCUGACUUGGCAGGCAUGUUAACUAAGUCCAACUAUGUCACAAACCCAUGGUGGCCUGGGCACUGAUUUGGGUGGGACGCUGUGGGCAUUUUCGGAGGAGUCAGUGUUAAGACAACAGGUGAGGGGCGCCUGGGUGGCUCAGUCAGUUGAGUGUCCGACUUUGGCUCAGGCCAUGAUCUCACCAUCCGUGGGUUCGAGCCCCGCAUCGGGCUCUGUGCUGACAGCUCAGAGCCUGGAGCCUGCUUUGGAUUCUGUGUCUCCCACUCUCUCUCUCUCUGCACCUCCCCCACUCGCGCUCUCUCUCUCAAAAAUAAAAACAUUAAAAACAUUUUUUUUAAUUAAAAAAAAAAAGACAACAGGUGCGCCCCCAGCCAGGAGUGUUGUCCUGCCACCUGUCAGGCCCAGCUGGCUACACUGUAAGUUCCUAGAGGGCAGGGCGAGGGCUGAGUGCACCUCUGUGACCCCCAGGAACUCAGCACGUGGUGGCUGCCUAAUAAACAUUGCGAGCUAACAAACAGGCAGUCUGACUGGACCCCAGCUGUACGGAGUCCUUUUGCCCCGACGCCCACCCCUAGUCCCUAAUGUCACUUUGCGUAUCGGCUCCACCAAAACUUGUGCCUCCCGGGGACAAACGUGGGGGAGGGUGUGGAGAACGGAAAGAGCAGUUUCUGCUGGUUUUCCCUGUUCCUGAGAAUGUAAGCCUGUUUUCCCGAGUCUCCAGGAGCAGGUGGAUAAGGAGGGGCAGCCCACACCCACCACAUGAUGUCAGGUUUCCUCCUUGCGUUGAGGACUCCGCACUGGGUGCACAGUGAGCAGGGUCCUUGUUCCCAAUACGUAAUAUCUUUUGACACAGGUUUGAAGACAGUAAGAACUGGCCGGCCAGAGGCCCCUUUCCCUCUCUGGGUCAUAUUUGCCACUUCUUGCUUCUGAGCCCCACCUGGGUCCUCAUCCCUGUGACUCCCAUUGACUUGACGCCAAUCAAGCUAUAAGACAAGCAGCCGGGAAGGAGGGGAGUGUAGACAGGCCUGUGACUCACGGGAUCAGGCGUUCCGGGGAGCCUGGACUGGGUGGCUACCCGGGCCCUGGCAAGGAGCUGAGGCGUGCCCAGGCAGGUGAGGUUCUGGGCCUGCAGUGAGAAGCCGGUUUCCCAGUCGGAAUAGGCAACAGCCGCCCACAAGUUCUCAGCUGGUCCUCUGAACUGGGCUUGUUGAAACAGGGAUGAUACCAGCCUCCUCCACAGGACCCUUUCAGGCUCCUCCCCAGGUGUUCCUAAAGGUGAACGAAGGGCAGUGCAGCCUUUUUCUACGUGGGGGAGGCUGCCUCACUCAGAGGGGCAUUUAAUGAUCUUUAACGAGGCCCACAUCGUGCCCGGUGACCAGCAAUUAUGACGUCCUCUCUGCUAUGAUCCCAUGACUGAAUCUAACUGUCUGGUUAUCACGCUUGGUUGGACAAAAGUCUCCUGUGUCUCUCAUAAACCACUGGGUGAAAUGAUCCAAUGGCCCAAGGAUAACCAGAGCACUGAGCUGUCUGGGAAACUCAGGCUGGGGCCAAACCCCACACAUCCCCCCUCCCUGGCACCAGUUACUUUGGAGAGGUCAAAUCUCAUUUCCAUGAGGGAGGAUAAAGAGCACGUUGCCAAGGAGGGAUCCUCUAAUAAACAUUUACAAAUUGCUCUGCUCUGCCUGUGAAGCCCAGACUCUGCCAAUGAGUCUCCCACUGGUUUAUCUGUAACAGGAUCAGAAUGAACAUAGCCUGCGGGAAUGUCUGGAAAAAAUCUACGGCUCUGCAGAACCUCACCCCCCCCCCCGCCCAUGCUUUGGGGUGACCACUCUGGAGACAGCAGCAAGACAGAGGGGGGCUUCCCCAUCAUGGACAACUAUCUCCUAUUUGAAACAUCCGUAUGUGGCCAUAUUUUAAAUUUUUUUUAAUGUUUA